AUGAGAGCAAGCAGUAUAUGCGAUAUAGUUUUAGCUGUAUGGCUGCUGCCAUUAUCACAAACAGUGGCACAAGUAGUGCAGCGAGAGAAUGACUGGCAGUCAAUAGAGGCCAGCAGAGCAGGCAUGUUCGGGAACAGCGUGCAAGGCGGGUGUGAUGGAGUUUGCGAGCCACAGGAGGGCCCUGUAACUGCGAUUAUGAAUAUGUGGGAGAAUGUGGACGCGUCGCCCAUCCCUGAGCGCCCUGAGAUGACAGACAUCGACCUGGUUCCACCGGGCAAGCAGACGGGGAACGCAUUCAGCUUUACUAGCCGAGGCAGUGCGGAGGCAGGCGUGGGCGCUCCGACUGUGUGGUCCCCGCAACUGACGGGGUGCGGGGACCACUCGCGCUCGUACAGUCAGGCGGUAGCCUCUGAGCCAGUUUCAGCAGAGAGCUCGCAACUUGCAUCACAGGCUCCCGAAGUGCUUGAGGAAUUUAGUCUGCGCGAAGCGGAUGAAGAGGGUGAUCUGCAUAAUGAAACGGAGUUCCUUCCGUUUGACGAGUGGAAGCGGAUUAAGCUCGAUGAGGAGAAACGAGCUAGUGUUCAUUCGGAAACUCACACACGGACCCGCAUACCUGUGGACUAUAACCGUGCGGAUGCUCUUGGGGAUGAGAUGGAGAUAGACGUGGGGAUGUUUACGUCGAUGGAAGACGAUGAACCCGAAGGCAAGUUGUAUCAUGAGAAAUUUAACUAUGCGUCGCUGGAUUGUGCCGCGUCCAUCGUUAAGACGAAUUCCGAGGCGCAAGGAGCCUCUUCCAUCUUGUAUGAGAAUAAGGACAAGUAUCUUUUGAAUCCAUGUUCAGCUGUGAAUAAGUUUGUGGUUAUUGAACUCUGCCAAGAUAUCUUGGUGGAGGAAAUUGAGAUGGCCAACUACGAGUUUUUCUCAUCCACCUUUCAAAACGUACGAUUUUCUGUCUCGGAUCGGUUUCCAGUUCCUAAAAACGGGUGGAAAGUUUUGGGGGAGUUUACUGCGGUCAAUAGCAGGGAUAUACAGAAGUUUGGAAUUCCCAACCCCAAGAUUUGGGCUCGGUAUCUACGAGUGGAAAUAUUGUCUCAUUACGGAAACGAGUUCUACUGCCCGAUAUCUGUGGUGCGCACUCACGGUAAGACUAUGAUGGAAGAAUUCAAGUUAGCGCAGAGUGUAGGGAACAGUCAGGAAUCGGAAGUUCUACAGCCCGCUCCAGACCGAAUUUUGAACUCCACCUUGCAUAAUGCUUCCUUUUUGUGUACUGGCUCGCAUCACAAUAAUAAUGGAGGACCACUAAGUUUUUCAAGCAACAAUGUCUCCGUAGAGCUGUUCGCAGAUGAUAUGGCUUCCCAGUGUCGCGCUGCACUCCCUCCCCUCCGGUUUGAGGAGUUCAUCGACGGUUUUGAUGACAUCUCCUGCGGCCAGAAACAUUCCAAAUCAAUGAACUUCACGGGAACCAUCUCCAAUUCUGCUACUGAAGAGUCAAUAUUCAAGAACAUAAUGAAGCGGCUCACCACCCUAGAAACAAACGCUACACUUUCCAUUCUUUACAUUGAGGAACAAAGUAGAUUGCUAUCCAAGUCAUUCUAUUCAUUAGAAAAAAACCAUGCCAAGAAGUUUGAUUCUCUAGUCUCAAUCUUCAAUGAAACUAUGAUGCAUAACCUUGAGACCCUAAACGUUUUUGCCAAGCAACUUAAAGACUCGUCUAUGCACCUUCUGGAAGAACAAAAGCUAAGCACUGACCAAUUUACCUCUAUGACUAUCCAGCGCCUAGAUAUGAUGGAACGAGACGCGAGAUUUCAGAAGAGGAUGGUUUACUUAAUCCUAGUCGCUGUUGCUGCGUUAUUAGUCUAUGUCUUGUUAACGCGCGAGGCGUACAUUGACGAUUAUAUGGAAGAUGACGGUUGGUAUUUGGACUCGCCACCCUUGCAGAAGGCCAAGGACAAACUCAUGCGGAAGGCCGCACGGGCAGUUUCGACACCCACAAUUUUUAAGAACUUCCAGGACGACAUUGCGCCAAUGAAGAUUAGGCGUAACCCUUCCUUUUCCUCCUCUUCUAGCAUUUCAGACGUCUCGCAGUACUUGAUUGACAACGACGACGACAGCGUCUUUCUAGGACGCCCCAGGACUUACUCAAAGCUGCUGGCAGCCGACGAGAAUGAAAUAGACAUCGAUGAAAUAAUGACCCACUCUAGUGAUAACUCCGAUGUUUCACAUGGUAUGGAUAGGCUGCUAGAUGCCGAUGGAACUGAAGUCUCUUCUCGCGAGUCCAGUGAUGGAGAGCCCAAGUGA